UUGGCUGGGAUUCAGAAAAAGAAGCCCCUUUGCCCGACCCUGCGCACUUCCAACCACCAUCGGCUCGUCUGCACUUUGUCCCAGGGUUUCUCUCCUUCGCUCUUGUGUUCACACAUUCACAGCUCUUCGGACCAGGAGACUGCGACUGAGCCCAGGUGGCAAAACCUGGCAUUCACUGGGCAUUUCGCAACGGAGGGAAAACGGCUCUUUACCAUGGCUGAUGACGAAAGUGCCAAAAGCACCCGCAUCUGUACUGGUAGCGGCAGCGAUUGGUGCGGCUGCAGCUGCACCAACAGCAGCUUUGGUGGAAAUAACUGCUGUGUUAGCUGCUGUGAGAACCCCACCAUGCAUUGUAACGUCCUGAGCUGGGAGCAAGUGCAGCGGCUGGACGACAUCUUGAGCGAGACGAUCCCGAUUCACGGCCGGGGCAACUUUCCCACCCUGGAGAUGCAGCCUCGUCAGAUCGUGAAGGUGGUAAGAAGCCGCCUAGAGGAGAAGCGCAUUGGGGUCCGGGAUGUGCGGCUCAACGGCUCCGCAGCCAGCCACGUCCUGCACCAGGACAGUGGCCUGGGCUACAAGGACCUGGACCUCAUCUUCUGCGCGGAUCUCCAGGGGGAAGAGGAGUUUCAGACUGUCAAGGACGUGGUCCUGGACUGUCUUUUGGAUUUCUUGCCCGAAGGAGUGAAUAAGGAGAAGAUCACGCCCCUGACUCUUAAGGAAGCUUAUGUGCAGAAAAUGGUAAAAGUAUGCAAUGACUCAGACCGCUGGAGUCUCAUCUCCUUGUCAAACAACAGUGGCAAAAAUGUGGAACUGAAAUUUGUGGAUUCCCUGCGGCGCCAGUUUGAGUUCAGUGUAGACUCUUUCCAAAUCAAGUUAGACUCUCUCCUCCUUUUUUAUGAAUGCUCAGAGAAUCCAAUGACUGAAACUUUUCACCCCACUAUAAUUGGGGAAAGUGUCUAUGGGGAUUUCCAAGAAGCCUUUGAUCACCUUUGCAACAAGGUCAUUGCUACCAGAAAUCCAGAAGAAAUCAGAGGAGGUGGGCUUCUCAAAUACUGUAACCUUUUGGUUAGGGGCUUUAGGGCUGCUUCUGAAGCGGAAAUUAAGUCCCUCCAGAGGUAUAUGUGUUCCAGAUUUUUCAUCGACUUCUCAGACAUUGGUGAACAGCAGAGAAAGUUGGAAUCCUACUUGCAGAACCACUUUGUGGGAUUGGAAGACCGCAAGUAUGACUAUCUCAUGACCCUUCACGGUGUGGUAAAUGAAAGUACGGUGUGUUUGAUGGGACAUGAGAGAAGACAGACUUUGAAUCUCAUUACCAUGCUGGCUAUCCGUGUGCUGGCUGAGCAAAAUAUUAUCCCCAAUGUGGCCAAUGUCACCUGUUACUACCAGCCAGCCCCAUAUGUAGCAGAUGCCAACUUUAGCAAUUACUAUAUUGCUCAAGUUCAGCCAGUGUUCACAUGCCAGCAGCAUACAUACUCUACUUGGUUGCCCUGCAAUUAAGGACCAUUUCCAAAAUGUCCACUGGGAAAUUUUUUUUCCUAAGAAGUUAAAAAAAAAAAAAGAGUGACCCUGUCUGUAGAAUGGGGUGUGUUUUGUGCAAUGAUGGUCUGCUCCAGUGUUCAAGCUUGACAAAGCUUAUGGGUCUUUUAAUAGAUAUGGGAGCAUGAUCUAGAAAUGAACCAAAAAAAACCAAAACAAAACAAAACAAAAAAAAAAACAAAAAAGAAAAAAAAAAGAAAAAAAUUGGAUUCUACCCUGGAGCACAAGAGACCUGUCAUUAAAAGCAACUAGCUUCUCCUGAAAUAAAAAGGGAAGGAGUGCUUGAUGACAAUAUGGGUUUUGCAGUACCUGCUCCCAUAGCGUUGGCAUAGACAAAGUUGGAAAGCUUUUUCUAGAAUGGUAUUUGAAAAUGGGAGAAUGUGAAAAAAAAUAAUUUUACCCAAUUUACUACUAUAUACUUUGGAGUUUAAUAAAAAAAAUGUAGAGGCAUAAUGCAGAGAAAAGUUGAUCUCAAAUAUAUUGGAAUGGCUGUCUCUGGAGCUUGCAAACAGAUGCUGUCUGUGGAAUGAUCCCAUAGAAUGUAUUGCUUGCUUGAAUAGAAUACUCUAACUGAACAGCUUGCUCCAAAUGAACAGUAGUAGAUUGGUGUAGUUAUCAUGGAAAAACAGCAGAUCUUACAAUGACAUAUUACAUUAUUUCCAGCUGAGUGCAUAGUUCACGGUUUUUUUUUAAAUGUGAAAAUGCAAACAAAAACAGCUGUAGCAAAGAAAGUAUGCUCAAGGACCAAAGAUUUCACAGACAAAAUACCCAAGUAGAGAAAGGGUAGUAUAAUAUUUAAAAAAAAAAUACUAUAUUUGUAUACACCAAUAUGGAUCAAAGUGCCUGUUGCCUUCAGAAAAUUUGAAGUAAAACAACAACACAAUUUUGUGGUUUAACCAUGUAUUUUGUUUUAUCAGGGACACAAGAAGAAAACAUAACCCAACAUAAGCUUGUGAAUAAAUGGCGGAGGAAAUGCCCUAUUUUUCUUGGCAAAUACUUGCAUAAAGUUAAUAUUAUUGUCAGUGUGAUGUUAUAGUUGCUGUGUGUAUGUGUGUAUAUUAUGUGUGUGUGUGUAUAUAUGUGUAUGUGAUAUAUGUAUAUAUACACACAAUACAUUGAAUAUGGUCUAGGACAAUGUAGCAAUUAGGGAGUGUUUAAAUAAAGUACUGUGUGUUUUCCAGUUUCCAGCAGGAUGUCACGAGACGUGGGCACAUUGCAGUGAUGAAUUUAUAACAUAUCUAAAUUUCUGAAGUAAAUAACCCAUUUGGAAGAAGGUAAACAAUAUGAGAACAAGAACAGAGAAGACAUGAUUUAGUGAGUUAUCUCUGAGCCACGGUCUGCCACAAGUAGAAGACUAUUUGAUUAAUGGUUCCCUCUUAGUGUUGUAUACCACACUGUCAUUUUGACAGUUCCCAACCCACAAUUUCUUCUUGACUGCAUACCUCUGCAAUGUAUAAAUCAGUGAAACGUGGAUCAAAGAUAGACUAUUUAAUCCCUGACUGCUAAAAGGAGAUUGUCUUAGUUGGUGAUUGGAACAUUACUUGUUAAUAGUUAAAUUAAUAUUUUUACAGAAUGCACUCUGCAUUCCAGGACCACUAGAAUUUAGUAAAUGUGAAAUGACCCUUUUAAGAGUGUUGCACAAUGGCUUAAAUUUAUAUAUGAAAUAUAUAGAUAUAUAUAAUAUAAAAUUUAUAAAUUCAUGCAAACAUGAAACAUCUCUAAUCUGGGUGUCACACUGCAUUUAAAUGUUCAGUACUGUACUUUAAAUCACUUUGCAUUAAAACAAUUCACUUUCAUUUCCUCUUUCCCAAGAAACCAAUUAGUUCUACAUUUGUAAAAAGAUCAUACAUUAUGAUUUCGACUUAAAUGACACUUCCACCCCUCCUUGAAUUCCGCCAAAUUCCGGUCUCUUCAACUAAAUAAUUAAGAACAAAAAUACAUAAUACAUAAAAACUUUUUAAAAAAACCAGCAAGAAACAAAACAAACUCAGACCCUAGAGAAAGACUACUUACAAUGGCAUUUCAUCUUAAGAGCUGACAAGAGCAGCAGUUUUAGCAUUAAGAAAAGUUAAAGGGGAUCAAGGAAGAACCCGUCAUCCUGUUGGCAGUGUAUUUUAAUGGUUUUGGUUUGCUUUCUUGGAGUUAUUAAGACAUAUAAGACUGAAUACAUCCAUUUUUACUGCCUUUUGUACUCCUUUCUUUGAAGUUGUAAAAGGAACCCGGUUUGUUUACUAUAGCGCCUUCCCUGUGAUUUCUGCAGGAACCAUAAAGCUAUUGCACUGCCGUUUUACUGUGUUUACUAGAGAUCCUCUUCUUACUUGCCCCUGUCUUGGUUCCCAUCUUCUCCUCCUCACUCUCCCCUUCCCUUUCUGCCGGUGAAAGGGUCUUCAAAUUAACAGUGAAGAGGCAAAGUUUGUUUCCCAGGGCCAACUCAUGCUUCACCUCCAGAUAGAGCCUGAGAUCCACUUACCAGAAAUCUGCUCUUAUUAACCCUUGGGAGGAUUUUCUAGGAAAAAAAAUCAUGGGAAUACAGGGGAAAUAGGAGCAGCUGGUGAUUUGGGACAUCCCUGCGAAGCACAACUAUUUGCAGAUGAGUCAUUCACUAUUUUAAAAGAGUUUGGGGGGCGGUGCUCUCUAUCUGUGUGGCAACCACAAAUAUGCUGUUAAUUUAUGACAUAGUCGAUUUGUCUGGAGGAGCCUGAUUUUAUAGCAUAGACAUUUUUCCCUUUAUAAUCUUUUCAUAUUUGUGUUCUCUUCCUGCUUGAUAAAAUGUUGGUUGCAUAGUUUUAAAUGAUAGCGUCUUACCUUUAGGUCCUUUAGCUGUGCUUCACACAAUCUUCAGUCUUUGCAUUUUGAACGAUAUAAUUUAUUUCUAUUAUGUAUAUACUAUAGUCCUCUAUGCAUAUGUAUCUGAACAAAUGGUGGAAUGUAUGUAUGUUUCCCCCCCCCCCACUUCAUAUAAUCUGCUGCAAAUGAUUUUGGAUAUCUGGCUUCAGAAAGAGAACAACCCCAUGUGUACCAGGACAUGAUAGGAUUGCUAUCAAUCUAGAACUCCAAGGGACCUCACCUAGUUCAACCCUUUCAGUUUACAGCUGAGGGAAGGGAGGUCCAUCCAACAUGGGAUUUGAACCCAGGUUCCCUGACUUCAGAGCCCUCACUCUUUACACUGAACCAGUUGUUGGAUCAUGCUUGUGAUUUGCUCUCCUUUGCCUCUGUCUGAUUUAGACUGCUGAGGAGAUUUAAUCUACUAGAGGGUCUCCUCAUCGGAUUGGAUAAUCAGGAAAACAAAUUAGUAAAAGAGACCAUUUCCAGUUAAAAGUUUAUCUCAUUGGUAAUAAACCCAGCUGCCUCAAGGACUUUACACUGAGGAUAUAUUGAUAUUUGUAUAUGGAGAGAGACUAUUUUUUUUUCUCAUAAAACAGAUUUAGCACAUGAAAACUUCAGUUAGAUGAACUAUUUUAAUGUUUCCCUCAAAUGUAAUAAUUGAAGAAUGUUGCCAAUUUCAAUUAAGCAUGACACAUUUAGAGAACAUCAUACAAUUUCUACCAGCCCUUUUUGUUAGCUUAUAUUGUUUGUUGCUUUUACAAUGCAUCAAAUCCUUUAAAUGCAUAACUUGUAAUGACUAUUGUGGAAUAUUUUGUAAAUGAAAUGUAUUUUGUUGAGAGCUCCCAGUAGCUCAAAAAUAAGCUUUUUUUUUUUUGAAGAUGAAGUGUGUGAGAUGAAACCAAAAGGCAAAAAAAAAGUAUAAUUCCGUAUCCAGCACCUAUUUCAAUAUACUCAUUUGAUAAGGUUUCCUUUGAGUAGAGCCCUUUCAGGGUGAAGGAAGGAAAUCUCUGUAAUGUUUUGCUGUUGUAAUAAUGGCUUGCUAACAAAGUGAACAGUGAAAGUGACAAUUUCGAGAUAGUUUGGCUAGGCUGCUGCAGAAUCUUGCAGUAUGGAAGUGAUGGUGCCGAUGGGUUAUCCCUCCAACCCCUACCCUACCAUGGCCUUCUCAGGGCAUCCUGUUGCAACAAACUGAUCCAUGGAUUGCUCUUGGAAUAUUUUGACAAUAGGCUCUGUCACAGGCAGAAAGAGAGUUGAUGGAAAACAGACUCAAGAACUGACAUGUUUGCAUCAGUACUAGAGGGAACAGAUUGUGAAUUUUGUUUACAGCAUCCAAUAUUUGGAUUUUUUUUUUUGUAAAUAAAAAGAAGUUAUUUUUUUCUAUUGA